AUGAGUGAACAACAACCAAAUAAUAAUAAUAAUCAUAUAGAAUAUAUUGAUGUAAUGAAUGAAGAUGGUACACCAACUGGUACUAGUCUACCAAGAAGUGAAAUACAUCGAUUGGGGAUAUGGCAUAAAGUGAUCCAUGUAUGGUUGGUCGAUUGUAAUGGUGACGUAUUGAUUCAACAACGAGCUGCAAACAAAGAGUCAUUUGCAUCAAUGUGGGAUAUAUCUUGUGCCGGUCACAUUGAAGCUGGUAUGAAUAGUCGAGAUAGUGCCAUCAAAGAACUAUCCGAAGAGUUGAGUGUACAUUUAAACAAUCAAGAACAAUUAGAAUACCUCUUUACUAGUAAAAAGAAAUUUGUACUUCAUAAUGGAAAAUAUUUAGAUAAUGAAAUAGCAGAUGUAUACUUGUUGACCUAUGAUCAACCGAUUGACGUCAAAUCCUAUAAACUUCAAGUGGAGGAAGUGCAAGGUGUCAAACUCAUCAAACACUCUGAGCUACGUGACAUGGCAGAACGUAUCGAUCCUACCUUUGUCCCUCUACGACUUGAAAAUCAACCCUUUGAAGAAUGUACCUAUAAACAAUUAUUCGAUUAUAGUAUAAAGAGAGAGAUGUCGUCAGGAUACGGUGCUUUUGGUGGAUCAGGAAGAUGCUUCCCAAUAUGGUCUGAUUUUACUACUUGUAUCACCGAACAAUCAAUCGAAUUGUGCGAACCAUAUAGAACCGAUUACUUGGAAUGUUUACAUAACUUUAAAGAAUAUAAAUCUAGAGCAUCAUCAGAUUACGGAAAGGAUUCAGUCGAGAGAACCAACAGAGUAAAGGAAGCUAUUCAACAAGUACAAGACUACGAAGCAAAGGUUGGCAAAGAAUGCUAA